UUUCCCGUCCAGGUUUUUGCUGAUGUGCAGAGUUGCUGUUCAGUGUGAAAAGCCUGUUUGUUCCGCUGGAGAGUUUUGAAGAAAAAGAAAUUGUUGCCCCCUAGCUGUGCUUGUGCUCACCCGACAAAACAGAUGCCUAUCACUUCUGUCUGUGUCUCAGCCCCUCUCCCCACAAUCAUUUUACAUUGUCAACAAUUAUAGGUUGUUUUUUUUUCUUUUUUUGCUGUUCCAGUUCUUGAUUAUCUGUUAAAGGGGAAAUGGCACUUUUUCAGCAGAACUCUCUUUAAUUAGGAGAAACAAACAUAAAACUGACACCUUCUAUGUAGCUCUGUGGGAUCUGGACCAAGAUAGAUGCCUCUUAGGUGUCUAGUUGGUAGCAGACGUUUUUCCUGGGUUUCACCUAUACCUUUAAACCAUGACAUCUCUUUUUUUAUUGACUUGUGGCCUUCUGCCAAAUACCAAACCAUAUAAUGCAUUUGUGUCCACAAUCAGAAGAGUAAUAAAAAAAUUAUGUGUAUGAGUGGAUGGAUGGAUGAAUGUAACACUUGUUAGAGUCAAACUUUGCAUGUUUUUUAAGAGUGGGAGGUGAAUGCUUUGUUAGUUCAAGCCAGGAGGUACUAGGGAGAAGACUUAAGUUGGAUGACGUUCUGUUUGGACUUAAUUAAAAAAGUGUUUUAGUAGGAACUUUAGCAUUAACAGGGAGGCUCCUAGCUGUGAUGGAUGGGGAGGAGGGAGGGGGUAGAAAAUGGGACUUUUAAUAACAGACUGCUGCUCAGUGGUGUUGGGCAGCACCAUUCCCUCCCCAGCAUCGACAGAGACACAUUCAUCCUGCCUUGAGCAAGGUCCUUGGCUGCCAGAUUACUAUGAUGGAAUUCACAAGAAGCAAAAGGCAGCCACCCCCAUAUAACAAAUUUUGGACUCUUCCAAGACAACAUGUCCCACAUAUGUACCAAGACAAACGACAUACAUCAUAUUUCCAGCAUGCACCAGCCUACCAGCAGCAGCAGACAUGCACACAAAAUUUCAGCCGUGAAUGUGACAAGUGGACAGCUCCGAGCUCCAGCAUGGGUGGAGUUUUGCAGGAUAACACCAACUGGACCAACCAGCCAGUGUCAUAUACCCCGGGUGCUCUGAAUGAUGAAUCUCACUCCAAAGACUACAGUAAGUAUCAGAAACAGGGAAUGGAGUGGAGGAAAACUGAGAUAGAGAGAGCACGGAAACAGCAAAUCAGUGAAAGUAGGAGGCAAAUUGAAGAGUGGAGGAAGAGGUGGGAGCGAAAGACCCCUCCUAACUACAAGGGAGAUGUAAAGGCAAACCAGAGCUAUGGCAGCCACCUUGAGAUGGAGGCCUGGGCAGCCCGAUACAGCCAAUCACCACCCAGAAAGAAACACACGGAUGCCAGAAUAUGGGGGACAUACGGUGCCCAGGGAGUGCAGGAUUGGGUGAAGAUCCCAGAUGGAAUAAGCAGACCUAGGAGCAAUGAUGCUCAAAGAAUAUUCCAUUCAUUUGAACAAUAUAAUCACAUUAGAGGAUGGGAACAGAGAUAUCAUAGACAACUUAUGGUGCCCCAUACUUUGCCUCAGCCACCAAUUCUUGGAAAAAACUGGAGGCAGGAUAGAAAGGAAAACAAUCCAUGUUUACAGCAAAGAGGUUUUAAUCAACCUCCGCGGUACAUUCCACCACCACCCUACCAUGCCCCUCAUACGAUCAAGCAUCAAGAAAGUGUCUACAAGUAUCCCACACUCCCAUUCUCCAGAAGACAAGGAUUUUAUGGAGGUUUACGAGAAGAGAGGGAAGCUUAUGAAAAGUGGAAGAGAACAAAGUGGAUGGAUAUUGACAGCAGUCAGGGACAAGUUGGCAGCAGAACAUGGGAAGAACCCAUGGCUGCAUUACAAUUGCCUCCAGAAGGUUUUGCUCAGCUGGUUCCUUCUAAACAUUCAGAGAUGAUGGCGGAACCUGGAAAAGUGGUGUCAGCUCCAUCUCUUGCUAGUUCUAGAACUACGUUUAAGAAAAAGAGAGUGUCACAGUCUCAGGGUGUAGCCAGGUUGACUGCUUCCCCUAAAGAACACUUACAGUCGUCUUUGCAACGGUUGAGUGAUGCACCACUUACCCACAAAGAAGAUGUCGGGACGGACAUAUCUAAGAGAGCAUGGAUAGAGAGCAUCUGUGGUUCCCAGACAGAGGUUGAUUCUGGAGUGACACAAUCUAAACAGCCAAAUAAGCCUCCUACUUAUACUGCAAGUCAGACUUCUCACCUGAAUGUGGGCUGUGACUCUAGGCAGUACUCUAUUCCAUACUGGCUGCAGAACAAGCAGGUAACUUCAUACAGAGAAGACCUGGUCAGUGUUGUUCAAGGUAGACCAAAGAACAUCGCAGGCAAAAUGAAAAAUCCAACAGACCGGGAUGAGACUAUGGUGAUGUGCUCUAAGAUUCAAGUGCCUCCUGUAAUGAAAAAGAAAACACUGCAACCCUGUAGUGCAACCUCUAGUGAGUUUCCUUUAUGGAAAGUGCCAAGUCAUAUGACCAGAUCCAGAAAUAUAUCUUCAAUUCAGUGCAUUAAAAGUAAUUUGGAACAACAAAGUGAAGUGGACCAUUAUGAAAAGCAAAGAGACAAUAGUCGUUUCAUCAAUAAACACAUGGCUAAAGAAAAGGAAGGUACUGCAUCCAACAGGGGUGAUGGCACUCUGGUUAUAGAUGCUACCUGUGUUGUUGUCAGAGCGGAAUUUAUUCCUCCUCCAAAAAAAGAACAAGUACAGUACAUAUACCCACCUCAGGGUGGGAAUUAUGAGGUUUGUAGAGGUCCAAGCAGUGCUAUUUCUCAACACGAUUUGGAUAUUUCACAACGAAGUAUCAUUAUGCAAUGUGGAACAGAUGUAUCACCAGAGAUACCUCUAGAAGAACCAAAAAGUGAAGAUGAUCAAAAGCACAUCUCUGAAUUGCCCCAGAGUAAUGGAGAUGCUGAUAUGGAAGAUGUGAGGAAGACCAGCCUGCUCUCUUCAGCAGCUUUUGAAAAUGAGAGACUGGUGGAGAGGCCUUUGAGAAUUCUGGGGGGCACUGUCCACAAAUCCAAUGACAAGGCAACAAACAGAGAUCAGACACAUGUAUUAACACAUGGUACAACUCAAAGAUUAUCUGUAGAUCAGUUUUUGACAGAUCUAGGGAAAAGUCUUGAUCUGGAAGCAAUGACCUCGAAACAAACAAUGCAAAAUCUGUCUGAGAAUGAUAUAAGAGUUAGUCAAUUUGAAAACUGUGAUGUCUAUAGGCAUGAAAUUAUCCACCAUGAAGAACCUUCUCUGUCUCCUCAUACUAAUCAUGAAGCUUCCAGCCAACCUGAGGUAGUUGGCUUGUCAAAUGCAUCUGUUUGCAUACAGCCUGCUCCAUCCCCUCCUCAGGCAUGUUCCAGCUCUCUGUACCCAAGUGACAAUUUUGAAGGAACUGAUUCUAUCUUCGAUGACCAGUUUUUAUCAGAUUUGGAUAGAGCUACUGCUUUGGGACAAAAUCUGAGAAUCAGCAAAGAAAAAGAGUUAAAUGACAUAGGGCACUCAAUGCCACAUGUGUCUGAAAAGUAUACAGUUAUUUAUCAUGCUGAAAAACAAGACAUCGUUGUGACUGAGAAAAUUUGCAGCGAAGAAUCUUUACCCAUUCCUCAUACCGAACAGGAAGUGUCUCAUUAUACAGAGGACAUUCCUUUCUCACCACCUAGAUUUCACUCUGUCUCAAGUCUGCUGUUGCCUUCUGUAUCCUACUCUCUCUCUCCUUCCCUGUCACACACUCCCCCCUACAUCAACCUUGAAUCACUUUCAUGUGUUCCCUCCCUUAGCUUAGAUACAACAGAUACAGAUUGUAUCUCCCUCCCUCCUCCCCUCUGUCAUCCAAUUACCAUCUCUCCAAAUUCAGAGAGAAAAGUUGCUGCAUCUCCUCAUUCUUCAGAGGGUCAUUCAUUACCUUGUUCCCUCUGGGAUGCCGUCAGUCGAAUCCGUAGACAUACAGCCCCGGACUCUGAGAAUGAAGAAGAAGAAGCCUGUGAAACAUGGAACAAUCAAGAAAACGUGAGGAAGGAAGCAGAAAUUAACGGGACAUUGUUUGACCUGGGUAGCCGCCAGGAAGUAGACAAGUGCAGUGAGAAAAAAAAUGCGUCACAGAGUCAAGAGGAUUUAGCUUUGGUGGAAAAUGGAUCAAAUAGGAGAUCAGGAGAUCAGAAUAAAGAACCUGUCCCUGCAGAUGGAGCAAGUGGUUUGCAGGUGGUGGAGAAUGUUUCACUUAGUGAAAAGACAGGGUUAAAAGACAUAGAACGGUAUGAGAAUGAACUGCAGAGACAAUGUGAGGAUGACACACUGUCCUGGAGCAGCUCUGACAGUCACACUUCAACAGGCACUGUGAUUAUGGGUCAAGAAACACAGGAGAUCAGUGAGGAAAUGAUGCCAAAGGCAAGAGACUAUGUGUCAUGGAUGGAAGCAAUAGGCAGUCCAAAGUCUACUGCAUGAGUAAAGGUGAGGUGUUAAGGGACUGUAUGUAGCAGUGGAAAGUCCAGAGUGGACAUGAUUAGUAGACAUACAUUUUACUCCUUGGAUCCAUGAAUGUGUGAUUCAAGGUCUCUAAAUAAAUGAAAAAGGGGAAAUUAACAACUAGAGAAGUACUGAAGAAAAUUGUGUUUGGAGUGAUGGCAUAGAAGGUGCUCUGUACUUUGAGGUGGCAUGUGACCAAACUAAAACUGAAGAAAAAAGGAAAGACGUUUUCCAUGAAAGGUGAAGUUUAAAUGGAAAGUGCUUACUGAAGAAACCCAUUGUUUGGAAGAUAUGCAAGCCAAGAGUUGUACACUAGAACAUUUGUUGGAGAUUAGAAAGUAACAAUAGUGAAAUGAAAGCAGACAUGUCCAGACUUAAUUUUGCCUCUGGAACAGGAAAAGGGAAGACAGUUGAGGCAGUUAAGACCCAGGACAAGACCUCAUGAACUGAAUGGGAAAACUCUGAACGAGGACAAUUUGUAUAGAUGGCUAUUGUUCCGGAUCAGGGAAAUUUAAAAGGAGACUGCUUUAAUUUAGGUUAAUUCACACUGCCCCCUAAUACACAGACCUGUAUUUUAAUUAAGUUGUGCCCCCCAGUGCUUGAACUGGGGAAAAACAUGUGCCAGUACUCCCCUCGUUAGUUAGUACCAGCAGAUAUUGAGAAGUGCCAGUACUCUGAAGAGAAAAACAAAGAGGUGCUGGAACUGUGUACUGAGGAGUACCAGCCUACUUCAAGCUCCAGUAUCCCCCCUCUGGUAUCCCCACUCCGGUAUCCCCCCUCCGGUAUCCCCACUCCGGUAUC